AUGAUUCCCGCCGCGACGUCGGGGCUGCCGUUCCUCGUCCUGGGAAUAAUGUUCCUUUGCCGCCCGCUAGCUGGAAAGCCCGGCCAGGGCGAGGCCACUUGGUCUCGCUUCGCCCGCCUGCCUUUCCCGGACGACGCGCUCUUUCUCUACGACACGUUCCCUCGGGGCUUCCUUUGGGGGGCCGGGAGCGCGGCGUAUCAGGUGGAAGGCGCCUGGAACCGGGACGGCAAAGGGCCUUCGGUGCUGGACACCUCCACGCACCGCUCCGCGGCGCCUUUUAGAAACCCGGCCGACCUGCCUUCCUGGGACUCGGCCAGCGGCAGCUACGACCACGUCGAGCGCGACCUGGACGGCCUGAGCGCCUUGGCGGUCUCCCACUACCGCUUCUCGCUGGCCUGGGCGCGCCUCCUACCUAACGGCACGGCGCCCGCCAAUCUCGCCGGCUUGCGCUACUAUGCGCGCCUGCUCUCCGGCCUGCGGCAGCGGGGCAUCGAACCCGUGGUCACCCUCUACCACUGGGACCUGCCGCAGACCCUGCAGGACCUUUACGGCGGCUGGGAGAACCCGAUUGUCGUCGAAUUUUUCGUGGACUACGCCCGGCUGUGUUUCCAGCACUUUGGCCGCCACGUGCGCUUCUGGCUCACCAUCGACAAUCCUUACCUCGUGGCGUGGCACGGCUACGCCACGGGCAGGCUGGCCCCGGGGGUGCGAGGCGGGCGGAAGGUGGGCUACAAAGUGGCGCACAACCUCCUGAAGGCCCAUGCCAAAGUGUGGCAUCUUUAUAAUGAAAAUUUUCGUCCUACUCAAAAAGGUCAAGUAUCAAUUGCUUUAAGCUCUCACUGGAUAAAACCUCAAAACAUGACCGAAAAGGAUAUAAAGAAUUGUCAGAAAUCUCUCGACUUUGUGCUGGGCUGGUUUGCUAAGCCUAUAUUUACUGAUGGAGACUACCCUCAGAGCAUGAAACGUUACCUUUCCUUGACAUUACCAGAAUUCACUGAUGCAGAAAAGAACUUAGUCAGAGGAACAGCUGAUUUCUUUGCUCUUUCUUUUGGAGCCACAUUAAGUUUUACUCGUGUGGAUAAAGACAUGCUGUUCCAGCAGCAGCAAACACUGAACCUGAGGCAGCUACUUUACUGGAUAAGCAGGGAAUAUAAUCCAUCACAGAUCUUCAUUGUGGAAAACGGUUGGUAUGUUUCUGGAAGUAUGACGAUAGAUGAUGCCAAUUAUAUGUAUUACCUUAAAAAUUUCAUACUGGACACAUUAAAAGCUAUCAGAUAUGAUGGAGUUGCUGUGAUGGGGUAUACAGUUUGGUCCCUCAUGGAUGGCUUUGAAUGGUUCAGAGGCUAUGUUCGACGGGGCUUAUUUUAUAUUGACUUUCAAAGCCAGGAUAAAAAAAUGAUAAUGAAAUCUUCAGGUUUGUUUUACCAAAAGCUGGUUCAAGACAAUGGUUUCCUCCCAACACCAGAAACCCAACCUUUUAAAGGAACGUUCCCCUGUAAUUUUGUUUGGGGGGUCACAGAAAACUUUCUUCAGACAGAUGCAAAACGAUCUCAGUUUAUUGACCCUAAUAUUUAUAUAUGGAGUCUUCACCAAACCAAGAAUCUCCUCAAAAUUGAUGGAAGUGGUGUUCUGAAACGCAAGCCUCACUGUGUUGAUUUUUCUCAUGUCAGACUCCAGAUUUCUUUACUUCAAAAAAUGCAUAUCACACACUUUCAUUUUUCACUAGUGUGGCCUUUGAUCCUCCCUCUUGGCAAUGAGACAAAUGUAAACCAAACACUUCUAUUUUAUUAUCAGUGUAUUGUCAAUGAACUGAUCAAAGUUAAUAUCACUCCCGUAGUUGCUUUGUGGCAACCUAGAGCUACGAAUCAAGGGCUCCCUUUUUCACUGGCCAACAAAGGAGGAUGGGAGAGCCAACAUACUGUGGAAGCUUUUGUUGAGUAUGCUCAGUUCUGUUUUAAAAACUUUGGACAUCAUGUCAAAUUUUGGAUCACCAUGAAUGAGCCCAAUGUGGAGAACCUGACAUACAAAGCUGCACAUAAUCUCUUGAAAGCUCAUGCCAAAGCAUGGCACUUGUAUGAUAAAAAAUUCAGAAAGAUUCAAAACGGUAAAAUAUCAAUUGCCUUACAUGCUGACUGGUUUGAGCCUGCCAGCCCCUUUUCAAAAAAGGGUGAGGAAGCAGCCAGGCGAGCUUUGGAAUUUGGCAUUGGCUGGCUGGCAGAGCCAAUUUUUGGGUCUGGCAAUUAUCCAGAAGUGAUGCAACAGUUGCUUCGCCAAAAAAAUGAUCUAGGUUUUUAUAAUUCUCAGUUACCUUAUUUCUCAGCAGAGGAAAGGAAUCUAAUAUAUGGCUCCUUCGAUUUUUUUGCUCUGAGUCACUAUACCACAACUCUUGUCAGUUAUGAAAAAGACAUUCCAAAAAAGUAUGAUCCCCUUCUUGGUAUCCAAAUGGUAAAAGAUUCAACUUGGCUGGAAUCACCCAGCCAAACUCCAGUGGUGCCCUGGGGACUACGGAAGCUUCUCAAUUGGAUUAAACAUAAAUAUGGCAAUAUCCCAAUUUAUAUCUUAGCCAGUGGAAUCGAUGAUCAGAAGCAUCAGUCUUAUGACAAGUUAAGGAUACAUUACCUGGAGAAUUAUAUUAACGAAGCCUUAAAAGCUUACACCUUGGAUGAUGUUAAUCUCCAUGGAUAUUUUGUCUAUUCUUUCAGUGACCGAGGGGAUUCCAGAUCAUAUGGCCUCUACAAUUACGUGGCAGGCAAAUAUGAGGCAAAACCUUCGCUGAUGUACUAUAGGCAGAUAAUAGACAAUAACUCUCCUGGCUCAGAAAGCCAAGACCAGCUCUGCCCCAAAGAGCUUCUUCGUUGCCUAGAAUGUGAAUCUUUGCAACCCAGAAAAUUUGUAUUGGUGUUUAUGUCAUUCAUAUUCUUUGCUUUCAUUGUUAUUAUAUUUCUGAUGGCUUACUACUCCAAGAAGAUUGAGAGACGAUCAAAAUACCCCUAUCCAGUUCUGUGCCGCCUUUCACCUUUGUUACUUGGAAAAGUCUGGAAAUAAUUAUGCAGUAGGCUGUGAUUACUGUUGCACUGUGUAGGCCAUCUAAUGCUGUGAUUUUCUAAGCCUAUAGGUGAAUCAUGUCCAUGGAGUUUGUGUGAUUCCUCUUGGGAUUGGUGUUAGUAUUUUGACUUUUAGUUCCUUAAUAUUAAUUCCAUCUCUCUUCUCCAACAGUCGCUUUGAUUCAUCAAGGGUGGAGCAGAACAUUGCCCAUCCUUGCAUAAUUAGAAAGAUCCCCAUGUCAUUGUUCAUCUGCACCAUGCUGAUGGAGAUCUCUUUGAGCAGAUGGUCUCUUGGUGAGGAGGAGAUUUGAAAUGAAUAACUUGUUCAAAUGCUGAGGGAAGGACUGCUUGUUCAGUAUGCUGUCAGUGAUGCUUUCUUUCAAUACACACGCUUCUUCUCCCCUCUUUUCUAUUUCCUGUUUUAUACUCCAAAACUGGAUUCACCUUCUUUGUGCAUGAACAUGCUUAGUUUUUUUAAUGAGCUAAUUUUAGUUCCUGUUCUAGGAAGUAGGAUUUUAUUUUCAUAACUGUUGUAGCUUUCCUAUUGUUUCUUGAUUAUGUAUCUAUUUAGUCACCACGAUAGCCUUUUUUAGCUGGAGGUUUAAAAUUAGACUGAUGAAGCUAUUAAUUUAGAUAUGUUAUAUUUUUAAUAAUAAACACCUGGCUAUUGAGUUCUCAGGAUAAAAUUAACACCUUAUACAGUCUUAGACUUUAAGAGCUCAGGGAUAGUGCCUCUGAUUUUUAAGCAAAAGGGCGCAUAUUCAGUCCAUGUAUAUAGUAUUUGGCCUAAAAGGCUCAAUUUUCAGUACGUACAAAUAAUACUGUAUUAGAUGGAUAAAUGUUAAGUCAAUAACUGUUCUUGCUGAUUCUUAAAAUGGAAACUCAACCUAAAAAAAAAAAAUCCAGCCUGCAAGUAAGAAUCCUAAAGGCAAAAAACCUCUCAUCUGAAAACUGCAUUUUCAUCAUCUGUGAAUUGAUAAGCAAUUGUGAAGGUGCUCAACUAAAUUUUCCUAUAAAAGAGAAAAUUGUAUACGAAUGUCUGAAGUAUCAGAUUUCUGCAGAAUCUUCAGUUAAUUUAUUUGUGUAGAAAGAGGCAGACAGGGUAAUUUUGCAGCUUGUCCUCUUUUUACUUGCUGAUGUUGCUCACACUAGUGAAAGAAUCUGUUUUAUUGGAUCUUACAUAGGAAAGCUGUAAAUAGGGCCGGAAUAAAUAAGAAAACUGGUAAGCUGUGAAAGCAAUAUUAGUCAGACAGUAACUGCAAGAUUGGAUAUUUUCAGGUAAAAUAAUGGAAGUCCUGCCCUGAUCAUUCCCUUGAAAUGAGCCUUGAAAGGAAGAAAGUGGAACUAGCAACCAAAAGUUUUAAAUCAUUCCUAGCUUUUCUCUUUUUAAAGUUCAUUUUUUCCCAUUUGCAUUUGAUGCAAUCUUUACUCUCAUCUGCAGUCACUCUGUGGUAGACAGACAGACAGACAGACAGAUAUAGAUAAAUACAUGAUUAGAUAUGGAUAGAUAGAGAUGAUAGAUAGCAUGUGCUCAUCCAACCUUUCUCCAAUUGACACUUGCUAAUUUACUGUUGACUCCCCAAAUUCUCAACUUGGUUGGCAAAAAUCGCUGUACUCUAAUUACAGACUGCAAUAAUAAACAAUUUUACAAUGAUUUAAAUUCCAGAGGACAUUGGCCAAAUAAACAUGCAUGUGAUUGUUACAAGUGCCCAUAACGCUUUGUGUAUUCCAUUUUGUAAAAGCACACUUUAGAUUUUUUUCUGCCCCACCUCUCUCCCCCACCCCCACCCCAUUUUUGCUGCUGUUGACUUCUUUCUCCCUUCUGCUCAAUCUGUCCAAUUCUGAGAGACUGCCAGGUCAGAAGUGUUUUGCCAUUGCCUCUUUCCUAGGGGUGAGUCCUAUGGGUGGAGAGAAUGACUGACUGAGGGUCCCUGAGUUGAGGGUUUUGUUUGUAAGGCAGGACUAGAACUCACAGUGUCUCAGUUUCUAACAUGAUGCCUUAACAACUAUAUUAAAAAAUAGGUUUUGCCAGUUUUGAACAUUCUUAGUACCAGAUACUUCAAAUAAUCCUGUUAAAUGCAUUUUCUCUUUUAUAUGUAACAUAUAAAAAUUCUAUGUGAUGAAGUAUUUAACAAAGAAGCAGUGAUAAGACUGUUCUUUGCCUCUUGCAUGGCAUAAUACAUUUCCCAUAUUUCAUUGUGUUUGGGGAUUCUAAAGUGUGGCUAUUGUACUCUGUGAGGAGAUUGCAUAAAGUAUGUUUUCUGAAUACAAUAUAUUUAGAUAUUUAUAUAUAUUUCUAUUCUUUUCAUUCUUGACCAAUCCAGCAUGCAAUAGUUCAUAAUACAAAUACAAAAAUAAAAAUAAAAUAGAAACAUUACACAUAUAAUCUAAAACAUCAUUAUAAUUUCCAAAAGUAAUAAUUAAAUACAAACAAUUAAAAAAAGCACAAAUCCAAUGCAAAAAUAGAAUAAAACAGAAUCUUAAAAUAAUACCUUUCAGUAUUGAGUAUGCAAGACAGAAGAGUUUGGGUAUAACAAUAUGUUUUUUGUCUCUUAAAUCAGGGAAUAGUGAUCCAGGCUAUUGAAGAACUGCACCCAAUAAUAGCAAGUGGUGAACUGGAUUCUAUAAUAAAAUACGUUGUGAUUACACUGUAAAUGAUAAUUUGUGUAUAUGUACAUUUCUGUAGCAUGGGGACGGAUGGACAACCCAUUGGUUUUGUUCUGCUAGAUGAGAAUUCUUGUUACAAUGCUAAAAUUAUCACUAGAUGGAUUUUAAUCUAUGUAAACAGUGUCCAUCUAUCUUCGCUAUUAAAAAACGUUUGAAAACUUCUAUUUAAAUUACACUUUGGUGAGUAGAAAAAUGGUUAUUUAAUGGAAAAACAAGGACAACUGAGAUGUUAUUGUCUGGGUUCAUAAACCCAUUAUUUCCCAAUUUUAAAUUGCACACUAUUUCCCCCCUAUUAUUUAUUUAGCAACUGUGAAUUCACUGUGAAUGUAUCUUGUACAAAUAGUCUACUAUAAAAAAUGUAUAAAAAGUGUAAAGUCAUAAGCUGAAUAGUUUUGCAAUCACCAUCCAUUGUUGCUGACUCUGCUCUGAAAAUUCUACUUCAUUCAUGUUCCUUUUUAAUCGUUCUAAUAAUGUCAAGCACUGGGGAAAUCAAAUGAGUAUAAAGAUUUAUUGCAAGUUUAAGCUCUCUACAAGAAUCUGAAUUAUUAAUGGUCAAGGGAAAUUUGUGGGAAUUAAGUAUAGACAGAAAUUCAAAGUGGACUGGACUUAAAUCUUUUGUAGGUGCGCAGGGACUCAAUGACUGAUGAUGAGUUUGACCCCUCCCUCGGGUUUAACCUGGUCAUCUCCUACAAAUAACCUGUAUAUUAUUUCUACUUUCCUGAAACCUAUGAAUGUGAUAUGACUGUGCAGUCAUAUUAGAAAAUUCCAAUUAUCUUCAUCUUACUGUAUUUUAUGGAAUGAAUAGUAGCAGAGAAUAUAUUUGCAAACUGAACC